GAAAUCAUUCGGCUGCAAAAAGUUCAAGGCCCCAGCGCACUCAGCGCAAAAGACGAGAUGGCUAGAUUGGCACGGCAUUUGGGUUCAUUGCCUCUUCUUGCCAAGCACAGGAUAAAUUGCAUCCGAACUGCCAUAAAAAGAAACAUGGAUGUGCAGAACUAUGGCUAUGCCAAACAGAUGCUGGAACUUCUCCUUUCCAAAGCACCUCCAGGCAAGCAAGACGAGCUGAGAAGCCUGAUUGACAUGUGCAUUCAGAGGGGCUUGACCAACAAAUCCAUCGACCCCCUGGAAGACCCCUCCCAAUUCUGCGCUGCUACGCUCAGCCGCCUGUCCACCAUUGGGUAUGAUGUCUGUGACCUCUGUGGCGCAAAGUUCUCUGCUUUGUCGACGCCUGGCUGCAUCAUCUGUGGAAUGGGAAGCAUUAAAAGAUCAGAUGCCAUUGCUGGACCUGUUGGACCUGUCCCGUCACCAUUUGGCUGA